AUGGUUGGGCUUUCACAAAGGGCUGUCGUUGCCGCUGCAACUGCUCUUGUAGUCUCUGGAGGCCCUCGGAUUGUCAAGGCUGAGUCUUCUUUCGGAAACGCGGUCGUUGUCAAUGGAACGAGCUUUGCCCUCAACGGAGACAAUGUGUCUUAUAGAUUCCAUGUCGACAACAGCACUGGAGAUCUGUUGUCGGACCACUUCGGUGGCAGUUUGACUGGAUCUAUCCCAACGGCAGCAGUGCCGCAAGUGAACGGCUGGGUUGGCAUGCCAGGUCGUGUGCGCCGUGAAUUCCCCGACCAAGGACGCGGGGAUUUCCGUAUUCCUGCCGUGCGCAUACGCCAAACUGCCGGUUAUACCGUGUCAGACCUGCAGUACCAAUCACACACAAUUGUGCAAGGCAAGCCUGGUCUUCCGGGGCUGCCUGCGACCACAGGUAGCGAGGGCGAUGUGACGACUCUGAUUGUGCAUCUAUACGACAACUACAGCUCAGUAGCAGCAGAUUUAUCGUACUCAAUUUUCCCCAAGUACGAUGCGAUUGUUCGGAGCGUCAAUGUAACCAACGGAGGGGAGGGGAACAUCACGAUCGAGGCAUUGGCCAGUCUGAGCGUGGAUUUGCCCUUUGAGGACCUUGAUAUGAUCAGUCUUAAUGGAGACUGGGCUAGAGAAAGGCGACGCGAGAGAAGAAGAGUGGAAUACGGUAUCCAAGGCUUCGGAAGUACCACUGGGUUCUCGUCACAUCUUCACAAUCCCUUCCUCACGCUAGUAUCACCCUCUACAACAGAGUCUCAGGGCGAGACGUGGGGGUUCUCGUUGGUCUAUACUGGGUCAUUUGCCGUCAAUGUUGAGAAAGGCUCCCAGGGCUUUACCCGUGCUAUGCUUGGUUUUAAUCCUGAACAGUUAUCUUGGAAUCUAGGCCCUAACGAGUCCCUCAUAUCUCCCGAAUGUGUUUCUGUCUACUCGAAAGACGGAAUUGGUGGCAUGUCUCGCUCGUUCCAUCGUCUCUAUCGCAAGCAUUUAAUAAAGAGCCGAUACGCUACCAGCAACCGACCCCCUCUCCUCAACAGCUGGGAAGGACUUGGUUUUGACUUCAAUGAGAGCAGCAUGUACCAACUGGCCGAGGAGUCGGCUGCAUUGGGAGCAAAGCUCUUCGUAAUGGAUGAUGGCUGGUUCGGAAACAAAUACCCUCGUGACGACGAUUAUGCUGGUCUCGGUGACUGGCAACCGAACCGACAAAAGUUCCCCGAUGGUCUCGACCCUCUGGUGAACAAUGUGACUGAAUUAAAGGCGGCAAACACCUCUACCAACCUCCGAUUCGGUAUCUGGAUCGAGCCAGAAAUGGUUGACCCCAACUCAACCCUGUACCACGAGCACCCUGACUGGGCACUCCACGCAGGCCCGUACCCAAGGACGUUGCGGCGGAACCAGCUCGUGCUGAACCUCGCCUUGCCGGAGGUGCAGGACUUUAUUAUCGAUUUCGUCUCAAACCUCCUUAAAAGUGCCAACAUCACCUAUAUCAAGUGGGACCACAACCGAGGUGUUCAUGAGUUGCCCUCCCCUAGUGCAGACCAUGAAUACAUGCUUGGCAUGUACCGCGUGUUCGAGACCCUCACAUCCCGUUUUCCUUACGUCUUGUGGGAGGGAUGUGCCUCAGGAGGCGGACGCUUCGACCCCGGUGUAUUGCAAUAUUUCCCUCAGAUAUGGACAUCUGAUGACACUGACGGCCUGGAGCGUAUUUCCAUCCAGCUUGGCACUUCUCUCGUGUAUCCACCCAGCGCAAUGGGUGCGCAUAUUUCGGCGGUGCCCAACCAACAAACCGGACGGACUACCCCCAUCGAGUUCCGUGGGCACGUCGCUAUGAUGGGCGGUGGGUUCGGUCUUGAACUAAAUCCGGAGGAACUGGAUGAGAAUGACAAAGCCGCUCUCCCGGGACUUAUCAAUUUGGCAGAGAAGAUUAGCCCAAUUGUGCUUACCGGAGAUAUGUGGCGGUUGAGUCUCCCUGAGGAUUCCAACUGGCCCGCUGUGUUGUUCAUCUCUGAAGAUGGGUCUCAAGCAGUGCUAUUCUACUUCCAGGUCAGAGCUAAUAUAAAUCGCGCUACGCCUUGGGUGAGAUUGCAGGGACUGGACGCUCAGGCAACGUAUAGUGUUGACGGGGUUGGAACUUACUCUGGUGCAACGCUAAUGAAUAUGGGCUUACAGUUCCCGUUGGAUGGUGACUAUGGUAGCACGGUAGUAUUCCUGGAGAAGCAGUAA